AUGACAUGGACACCCUCUCAUCCUACCUCGGGAUCUUCUUCGAUGUUUACUCAUCCUUCAUUACCUUCCAAUGAGGAAUUACCUUUCUUACCGCCACUCCCAGAUACACCUCAACAUUCAUACAAGUCAUAUCACUCUGAUGAGUAUAUGUUGAGAGCCAGAACACCGAUCACAAGGAAAAUAUGGGAAGAGAGGUUGAAUGGUAAUACACCUUCUUCUGCUUCGUUUACAGUAGAAGAUACCUCCCCACAAGAGAAUGGGAAUAGAUCAUCCAAGAAAUGGGACGUAGAAGUUGAUUAUCCAAUCUUAUCCACCAGACAGCAAGUUUUCGGUCCACCCCUAAGUAUAGGCAGAACACCUAGUAAAGAUUAUACGAAAGUCAUGAGAACGCCUUGUCAAGCCAAAUUUGAGGAAAAGCACAGGGAGGAGUUAUCAUCAGAAUCAGAGAACGUUCAACCAGUCAUUGAUUCCCCUAUCAACAAGAUCACUGAAGUUCAAGCUCAAUCACACCUGGAUCUGUCAGAGAAACGGUUAUUCCCAAAUGGCUCAGAAGACCCACACGUUCAUUCUCGUACAUUAUCCCCUUCUAAUAUCGCUGAUCCAACUUCACCCCAACACGUUCAAGGGCAACCUCGUAUAUCAGCAUCAUUCAACCUUCCAACAUAUAUAGCAGAUGAUUCUCUCCUCGCUGAUCAAUCUCUCAUGGGCGGCUCAACAAGUAGUACCGAUGAGGAUAGCUUCCAUCUAGAGCUCAACAAUCUUAGACCUCAACCAGCUAACACAACUGAAACUGGAAAUUCAUCUCAAAAUGCAUCUACUCAUUCGGCAACCUCUUCCAAUACACCUACCAAACUUACUUCCAGAUCAAGAGCAUAUCUUGUUCCACCUCAAAAUGCUUUAGAUCAAUCCACCUUGCUCCCUCGAUCACCAGCCAAGUCAGCUCAUUUACUUGACCCUAUCAACGCUCUUACACAGGUACAACCUCCAUGGACAGGGGAUGAAUCGGAUCUCUAUGAAUCUUCAGUUUCAUCUUCUAGAGAAGCUUCCUUAUCACCUGAGAAACCUGGUACAAUAGUAAAGCCUUCUUCCUCCCUACCAAGUUCAAUCACUACGAAAGGUUUCCCGUCAAGUUCUUCUUCCCAUUCAAUCGUCUCCCUGCCUAGAAUCACCAGGACUUUCCCUGCAUCUUCAUCUGGUCAAUCAUUAUCUUCCGUAGCAGAAAGUGAAGAUCAUGAGUAUCCACUCUGUAAUACAAAUGCGGACAUUAGUACUUUACUUCCCGUCAGUCCAUUGAAGACUGCACAUCUCUUAACGGACUCAGAACUCAUUACAAGAGAAACCUUGGUGGAAGAAGCGAGUUUCAGAUUACCAUUAACAUCGUCGUCAACAAGAAAAACACCUUAUAGACCUAUGUUCAUGAGUAAAACACCUAGGAAAUCACCUCCCGCAAAGAUGAGUCCCAUCAAGACUAUCGUCAAAGGAAAUAUCAAUAUGAGAGGCUAUGUUCACGAAGAGUUUAGAGAUAUAGGAGAUACAACUUUCGAUCUUAAAGAUUUAUUGGCAAAAGUUGGUAAACCAAAAAGAGCUUCCGGUACUGAAGAAAGCUUCGUUGAUCUUUUACAUGAUGAUUUCAUGCCAGAUGGUUUAGAUGCAUCUAUGAUGGGCCCCGAUGAAUCCAUGCUACCUUCAUCAUAUCGACCUAGAAAUUUGAGAACAGCUAGUAUCAGUCCAAUCAAGCAAACUUCAAUAUACAGUCCUUCUCGGCAAUCAAGAUUAAUGAGCGUACCAUCACAUACCAUGCGUACGACUGCAUCCGACCCCUCAGCUACGGUCAAACGAUUACCGACUUCCUAUUCUAGUCGAAAUCUUCCUACUCAAAGUGACGAGGCGGAUGAAGAGGUAAAACAAUCGACAAUGAUGAGAUCAAAAAGUUUGUCUAGGAUGGCUGAGAUGGUAGAAAGAGUGAGAUCUGAACGUUCUACUUUUUCACAUUCCACUGAACAUCAACAUAUCAAGAAUGACAAAGAGCAGGAAAGACCAAAACAAGAAUUGGUAUUGGUCUCUCCUCCCAAAACAGCAACGGUGUCACGAGAUUAUGUUUCCACCAGGACACCAGGGACGCCUGCAGCUAGACCUAGAACUAGUACGAUGCCUCCUCCAGCUACUUCGAGAAGAAUCUCAUUAUCUGCAGGUGCCAUUCCAAUUACAUCACAUGCAUCACUCAAGCAUCUCAAUCUACCUCCUUCUAGAACUACUCAGCCUAGGUCGACCGCUAUAACCACUCAGGAUGCUACAUUAGCGGCAGCGGGUAGAAGUUUGACAACUACCAGACCAGCUACUGGCACUGCCAUGUCCACCUCUAGACUCGUAACCACAUGUAUGACGUCUACCAGACAACCGGUGCCUUCCCGUACAACAGCCAGAACAUGUAUGGCACCCCCACUCCCUCAAGCGGUAAAAGCCAGAAUUGGUCCCAGUUCAAGUACGCAAACAUCUUCAGCGACUCUACCUACUAUUCCAAUCGCUGGAAAUGCCACGACGUCCUCGAGACUCACCUCAAGACCAUCAACUAUCGCCAAAGCAACAACGACUACCCGUGGAGCGACCGGCUCUACUAGCGCAUCUCAUGUCGUCAGGCCUUCUCUAGCACCUAGACCUAUCGGACUUCCCAAACCUGGAGACGGACCUACCGCUCGAUCGAAUACUACAUCUACAUCCACAGACAACAGAGCUAAAGUAUCAAGAGGCUUCGGAAACGAUCCUAGUACAACAAUGAAUCGUCUGUCUCGUCCACCAGUCGCAUCGACCUCAAACACAAAACUGUCCAGUGGUCCUUCGACAUUGAAAGCAAGAGCAUUGUCCACUCCUGCAUCCCUAGUCAAUACUGCUUCCAAAUUACCCCCGGUACCAGCGCUACCCACCUCAAGACUCACUCGACCGUCAACUACGACCACUUCAUCUUCGACUACACGACCUAUCACUAGUACCGCAAAUAUCAGAAACGGAAAAUCGUCAAUGCCACCUCCAUCGACCAAUGCAGGAACACAAAGAGCCCGAACUGGAAGUACGACUACAUCGAGUGUGUUACCUAGACCCAGCGUACGGACUACCAUAUCAGGUAAAAGUUCUGCUCCACCCUCUGCUUCAGCUGGGCCUGGAACAGGAUUGACGGCAUUGAGAGAGCGAUUGGAUAAGUUACAUGCUAGACAAGGCAGGUAA